AUGUGCGGAACAGUAGCGCUCAGCCGGCCAGCACAGCCUAUAAAACAACCCCGCCCUCUCCACGGAGCUGUCAGUCCGCCUUUGAACUGUGAUUCGAUUCCACGGAAGUGCACUUCCGCGAUACCGCACCGCUUCUUGCUUUCGCCGUCUUCUGCAAGGAAUACACACGUACAAAAGCUAUGGCGACGGAAGCUGUUACCGGUCCCGAAGCGGUCGUGGAAUCUCCUCCUGCCACGGAGAACCAUGUGGUACCUGAAACCAAGCCCGCGGCUGUCGCACAAGACUCCGCCCCGGUGGCAAAACCGGAGGAACCAGCCACCAAGCUUGAAGCCGCGCAGGAGUCUUCUAGUAACACUGAGUCCGCGAAAGAUUCAGAAUCUUCUGGCAAGACCGAGUCGCAGGAGGCGGACACGCAGAGUGACAAGCCAGAAAGUCAGCAGGCCGAAACCGCCGCGUCAGAGCCUCCCAAGUCCGACGCUGCCGCCAUCCAACAGUCUCCUGCCGCGGACCCCGCACCAGCUGCCACCGAAGUGAAGGAUUCUACAAAAGCCACGGACGCAAGCAAGGAAUCCACAGAAAAGACCGAGGGUUCUACCACGGCACCGGCAGAGGAAAGCAAGGAUUCCACCAAGGAACCGACAGAAACGAAGGAACCUUCCACCGCCGCACCCGCAGAGACGAGCAAGCCCGAAGCCAGCGCCGCGGCGGAGGACUCGAAGGCGUCCGCAACCGCUGACGAGGUCGCCGACAAAUUGAAGGACCUCAAAGUCAAGGACGAAUCCGAACCGAAGACGGCUGACGUGUCCAAGCCGUCGGAGACUGGCGACAAGCCCGCCGCGUCUUCGGAGGCUGCCGCGGAAGACGACGUUCCGACAACGACGGCGGCUGGAGAGAAGCCCGCCGCCGAAGUCGAUGAAAAAGGAAAGAAGCGGCGUUGCGUCAUAGUUUAGCUUAAUAUAGGUUACGUAUUCGCUAUUUAUAUGAACGUCCUUUUUACAACGUGUUCUUGAAUAAACCUUUUUACACAG